CUUCCACCGCUCCCGCACUGCGCCUGCCAUGUCCAACUUCAACAACCUCACGAAAGAACAGGGCAACCGCCACCAAUCUUCGGCCGAGGGCAGCGAAUCGCCAAUCGUUCGAAAUGCGUUCAUCCUCCUCACAGUAUACCUUGUUUUUGGGGUCCUCAUGUACUCCCUUAAUAGGUCCGAUUUCGUGGCAUCGGAGACCCAUCCUGUCGUUGACGCCCUUUACUUCUGCAUCGUGACCAUGUGCACAAUUGGCUACGGCGACAUCACACCGUCCUCAACAACCUCCAAAAUCUUCUCCAUCGCAUUCGUCCUCAUUGGUUUCGGUUUCAUUGACAUCCUCCUCUCCGCGAUGGUUUCGUACGUUCUCGACGUGCAGGAGCACCAUCUUCUCGACGCAGCGAAGCAUCGUGCUCAGGGGAGUAAGUUAGAUGCACCUUCCUACGUCAUCGAUUUGAAGAAGGGGAGGAUGAGAAUCCGGCUUAAAGUUGGAUUGGCGCUUGGCGUCGUCGUGCUCUGCAUCUGCGUCGGAGGGGCGUUCCUGCGAUUCGUUGAGAAAUUGAGCUGGCUUGAUGCGUUUUACCUUUCGGUGAUGUCGGUGACCACCGUGGGGUAUGGAGAUAGGGCUUUCAAGACCAUGGAAGGACGGAUUUUUGCCUCCAUAUGGCUGCUGGUAUCUACGCUCGCGGUGGCGCGAGCGUUUCUGUAUCUGGUUGAGGCGAGGAUGGAUAAGCGGCACAGGAAGAUGGCUAAGUGGGUACUUGCGAGGAACUUGACUGUUUCAGAGUUUCUUGAGGCUGAUAUUGAUAACAAUGGCUUUGUGAG